AUGCCUAGCUUUUCGACCUCGAUCGUUUCCGGUGUCGCCGUCCUCAUGGUCAUCGGAGGAGCUGCUGCGAAUGCCGUCCCCCCUCAAACUCAGACUCGAAACAUCACGGUGGCCUGCCCCGGCAUUUAUUGUGACAAUGAGAGCUAUCGCUCCCUGCCUAUCAUGGCUCGAGGAGAUGCGGAGGGCUUCGUGGAUGCCACCGACGACGAGCUAGACUCGUCCGCGGACAACGAUGCCACUGUCGAUACCUGCUACAACAGAUCUCAAUGCGAAGUGCUUGCGGGCCUUCUGGCCAUCGUUCUGAUCUAUUCAUUCUGUGUUCUCGCGUACAACAGAAGGGUGACAAACAAGUACGCUGCUGCCGAGGAACGUGAGAGGACCGAGCAGGCUACCGAAAUGCAGAGGAUUUUGGCCGAGACAACUGAGAUUCCGUUCGGUGCCAGGGCGCUAGAAAAGGGCAUCCAAGUCGAAGGCAUUUGGACCCCCAAGGAUUAUUCACCGAGGCAGUCCACCAUUAUGCCGGGAGAUACUCCGGAACUUCCCAGUCCCGUGCAGAGUCAGCCAUCGCUCGUCCCAGUAAGUGGCGUCCAGCGGCCAACACGAUCAUAUCAAUUGGCGCCAAACCAUAACCUGCUCAACCCACGCCUUUCCAUGAAGAUUCCAGACAUCGAGCUCGGGGCCGAGGCAAUGCGUGUGUUCUCCACAAACAGCGCACCGCAGCCACCAAUAAGUGCAAACAGUGAAACCGAGACGCCCAUUGACCCAGGAAAAAUGAGACGGUCGAGGGGUUGGUUCAAUCCUCGGAAAUCCUGGGUAAGAAAGCCACUCGAAAGCUAUAAGCGCAUGUCAAAACAUGAAGGGCAUCACCGAACCUCGUCCGAGAGCUUUCGACGUAGGAUCAGCAAGCUGAUCGAUGAGAGCAUUCAGACAGGCUCGACUGAGACAUACCAGUUGAGACCGAUUGACCAGGGACCGAUCGACCACGAGACCAUAGACAGUUCCAGGAAUUAG